AUGACAGGACUUACGGCCGCACCCAAGCACAGGCGGGGUACCCCGUUCAGGGGAAAGGAUCUUCCACCACCCCUCGCGUUCACAAAUGAAGGGUCCAGGAAGAGGCAAGGCCAGCGACACUACCAGGACGCCAUCACGCCGUCUGGUAUGCCCAUUCCUUUUGUGGGCGGGAGACCCGCAGUCCGGCGCAACUCUCCCAGAUUCAAGCACGUCGGCCCCCGGCGCCGCUCGGACGGUGCACCGUGCUUCCCAUUCGACGUCCGAACGUUGAACACUGCAGAGCCCGAGGUCCGAGCGGGCAUGUCAGACUUACGAGCUUCCAACCCCGAGAAACUGGAUGAACUCUUCGGAUCCUCGAUAUAUGGCACAAUGAAUACGGUGGGAGCCGGAGUUGCCAAGAAUGAUUCAACUGCUGCAGACAAGUGUCGUGGCGCCGCCUCAUCUCUCGCUGCCGGUGUCAUCACACGCACUAUACCCAAUUCUUCAAAGACUACCUCCAAGUGCCUCAGGGGAAGAUUGACAUUUCAGGUUCCCUUCUUCACCGAGCACGACGGCUCCCCCAUCAUCGAGGAUACCAGAAAGAGCCCCCCGCUCAGUACCAAGUCUUCUCCUUCUUCCGCUUCUGACAAGCCCUUCGCCACGCCCAACGGGGAUAAUGCACUGCCCAAAUACCUCACCUUGACUCAUGAUCUUCGUCAUGCCGCGCAGGCGCAGGCACCAGAGACACCCAAUGACCACAAAUACGGAGAGCAGACGCCGGGAAACUGGCCCGAUCUCGCUUCGGAGAGCAUUCCACCGUCCGUCGGAGUCAAGUACUCUUCUACGUCAAAGGCAGUAGGGAAGGCAACGCCCACUACAACUGACAACCUCGCCGAUUCUCACAGAAAGUCCAAGACGGAAUUCAACUCGCUCCCUUCCGAGCUUCUUCACAUGAGCCUGGGGCUUACCAGCGGGCCUGUUACCGGAGCCCAGGCCCACAGAAAGUCGUCGACCGAGUUCAAGGAGGUUGUAUCAGAUAUGCGAGAGGAUGUUGGCCCGCUCGACUUCGAUCUCCAGGAGCCCGCCAACACUCCUUCUGAGGGACGUAGAGACGAAGAUAGAAGGACGACCGGCCAGUUGUGGAGGAAGCCUGAGUCACGGGACUCAGCGCAGCUUUGGAAGUCAAAUAGUCGGUAG